UGUACCACAACAAAGAUGGCAGAUGACGAGUCACGGGCCUAUGAGUCGCUGCUCCUGCUUCAUUCAGAGUUGCAGUACAGGUUUAACGUUUUCCCUCAGCAAAGAUGGCCGGCCGCAGGCUUCGCGGGCACGUUUUCCCUUACUGCGCAUGGCAGAGUUCCUAGUGACGUAGAUAGAGCGCGCCCUGUUCGGUGGUUCCAAGCUGAACGUGUGUGCGAGCAGGCUUCUCCCAUGGCCCAGGAGUCUCGGCCUCUGUUUGCUGGAGCUUUGUCUGCAAUUCUGCCCCCAUUCCUCCAGGACGUCAGUGAGCUGCGGGAGAUCCCAGACAACCAGGAGGUUUUUGCUCACACUUCCACUGACCAGAGUAUUAUAGUGGAGUUACUGGAGUAUCAGGAAGGGGUGUCGGACUCGGAAGCUGCCCGGUACCACUUUGAAGAUGUGGCAUCAAGUAACGAUGCUGAGGGCCAAUCAGAAGUGUUGAGUGUAGAGCCCCUCCCCCUGGCUCAGCUGACGCUCACUGACUGCACCAAUGCCUGGCUACUGACCGGUCUCCAGCUAGUGGCCAAAUUCAAUGAAGAGGCUCGAAACACAGUCAAUAUACAUAUGGCUUUAUUCCGACUGCCACAGCACACGACCGACCUGCUCGUCACAUUCAAUGACCCUGCUGCCAUAAACCCAUCGAGCAGCAGUGCAGUGGGAGGAGCAUCCCUGGCUCCACCUUCUCCAUGGACCUAUGAGGACUUCAGCCGGCUCCUAUGCUCCUUGCAGCUGCACAAUUCCAGCAUCUUUGGGUGACCUCAGCCUGACACUGCUCAGAGAGGGAGGGGCAAAUUGAGGCUAUUGUGAGGGGGCGGGAUUGAGCAGCAAGUGAAAGAGAAGCAUUGGUGGAUUACAACUGAAUGGUAACCAAUCAGAAUACAGAGUGAUGGCGGAAGCAAGGGACAUAUUUAUAUAAAUGUAUAUUCCCUGUGCAAAUAAAGCUUCCUUCCCCUUUGUUGAGGGCGGGGCCGGCAGUGAGUAGUUGGUGCAUGUGCUGGCGCUAGAGGAGAAGUUUGGCUCCUCCCAGGCGGGAGCUGUUCUCACACACACACAGGAAAUAUUCACAUAACGGCUUUAUUCAUCCAUAGACAUGAGGGAAAUGGCAAGAUUACUUCCUGCAAAUCAUGUGACCUGUAGCCACACCCACUGAUGAGAAGUCCAGUGAGUUCUGCCCACACGGAUCAGUCUCUGUGUCUCCAACGUGAGUUCUCUUCCCAUGGCUCCUCCUCCUGCACCUCCCCUGGAAUUAUCAGUACAUCACUGGGGACAUGUAGUAAUAUUGUCUCUCACAAGCCUUUUGGGUUACUGAAGCCCCUCCCACUUCUGGGUGUAAAUGGAUUAAAUCAUUUCUCUAGUGCUCCAUAGACUCCUGUGUAAUGUUGUGGCUGCUCAUUGCCUGGCACCUGUUCUCCUAGGAUUUCUCUGUGCCGCCCAACUAACUGCCACUUCCAUUGUUUCUGACAGCCACAGUCUUUAACCCUGUGUAUGGGUUUAAUGUUCUUUAUUUGCUCUAACCAAACUGCCUGUGUGUGAUUAUACGUGGAAAUAAAGCUGCUAGAUAAAUA